AUGGGAUAUGGAACGCGAUGUCUGGAAUUGCUAACCGCAUUUUACCAAGGUGAAUUUGCUCUUUUGAAUGAGAACGAAAAUUAUCAAGAGGAGUAUAUGCCGAGAAUUGACGAUUUGGAACUGGAGAACGCUGACCUUCUUAAAGACGAGAUAAAAAUACGAGAUCCACGCAAGAUGCCACCUCUUCUCUUAAAACUUUCCGAAAAACGCCCA